CGCGGCCCGUAUCAAACGGGAAUGGAGGUCACGAUUAGCUCUCAGUAGCGCCGCUUCGCUGGGAUAAUCGCCAAUUGCGUGUCCCAAGCUUGGAUUUGGUUGGAUCAAAUCUGGUUCUGGAAGAACAGGUGAAUUGUCGGCCUGGUGCAGUACUGUUUCUUCGCGCCCACAGAGAGAGGGCCAACAAUCCCCGACACAAUGGCAUCCGUGCUCGGGCGGCCAUCUCCCCUCCGCCUGGGCCUCGUCGCCCGCCGAACAACCACCACCACCAACACUAUCGCAGCGACCGCCUCCGGUUCCCGCGUCCUUUCCCCCUUCCUCCCCAGCAGCACCCACAACUGCUAUCCACGCCGCUACAAGUCCGGCCCCUACGGCUACACCCUCGCCAAAACCCUCGUCUUCUCCCGCUUUGGCGAGCCCAAAGACGUCCUGUCCCUCCACACGCACUCCAUCUCGCCCACCUUGCCGGACGGUGCCGUCCUCCUGCGCGCUCUCGCCGCGCCCGUCAACCCGGCCGACGUGAACACCAUCCAGGGCACGUACGGCGCCAAGCCGUCCUUCUCCCCGCUCCUCGGCACGCCCGAGCCGGCCGCCGUCCCGGGCAACGAAGGCUGUUUCGAAGUGGUGUCGGUCGGCGCGCAGACGCCCGGCCUGGCGCGCGGCGACUGGGUGAUCCCUGCCACGUCCGGGUUCGGCACGUUCCGGACGCACGCGCUCGUCGAGGACGCGGCGCGCCAGCUGAUCCGGAUCGGCGGGGAGAAGGGCACCGAAGGGUUGAGCGCCAAGCAGGUGGCGACGGUGAGCGUCAAUCCGUGCAGCGCGUACCGCAUGCUGAAGGACUACGUGGACUUGGUGGAUCUGAGUGUGAAGAGCUUUGCGCGCGGCGGCGACGGGGCGACCGGCGGGGCGUGGUUCCUGCAGAACGGCGCGAACAGCGGCGUGGGGAGGUCGGCGAUCCAGUUGGGCCGGCUGUGGGGACUGCGGAGCAUCAAUGUGAUUCGGGAGCGGGCGACGCCCGAGGAAACGGAGGCGUUGAAGAAGGAGCUGCAGGAGCUGGGGGCUACGGUAGUGGUGACGGAAGAUGAGUUCCUCGAUCGGUCGUUUAGCGCUAGGCUGAAGGAGGAGUGGACGCGUGGUGGGAGGGAGCCGGUCUUGCUGGGGCUGAACUGCGUCGGGGGCAAAUCGGCCUCGGCCAUGGUCAAAGCACUGAGUCCCGGAGGCUGCAUGGUCACCUACGGUGGGAUGUCGAGGCAAAGUUUCCCGUUCCCGACAGGACCGCAGAUCUUCAAGCGGCUGCGGUUUGAGGGCUUCUGGUUGAGCGAGUGGGCCAAGGAACACCCGACGGAGAAGCGCAAUACCAUCAACGAAAUCCUUGAGCAUAUGAGGAACGGCAGGUUCAAGGAGGCGCCGUUUCAGGAGGUAGAGUGGGGCUGGGACACGGAAGAGAAGGUACUGAAGGAUGCGGUUCAGGGGACCUUGGAGGGCUUCCGGAGCGGGAAGGGCAUCUUUGUGUUUGGCGACACAUAGGUACCUUAGUGGCGUGCUCUAUCACGGCACCUAUCCCCUUGCAUGUGAUCAUAGUAAGCAGACUCAAUGAUGUAGGAUGGCACACAUCAACUCAGAAAGGCCAAAUGGGCAUAUUCAGCCGCCCAAUU